AUGCGAUCGCUCGCCACAGAUCUUUCCGAUGGUGUCAAGCUCGUACAGCUUAUGGAGAUCAUGGGAGACACCUCGCUCGGCCGCUUCUACAUGAAUCCGCGCAUGCGUGUACAGAAGGCCGAGAACGUCAACCUCGCCCUGGAGUUCAUCAAGAGCCGAGGUGUCGUGCUGACCAACGUCGGCGCCGAGGACAUCGUCGACGGCAAUCUCAAGCUCAUCCUCGGCAUGAUCUGGACGCUGAUUCUGCGUUUCACCAUUGCCGACAUCAGCGAGGAGGGAGUCACGGCCAAGGAGGGUCUCCUCUUGUGGUGCCAGAGAAAGACAGCUCCUUACCAGGAGGUCGAAGUCACCAAUUUUACCACCUCUUUCAAGGACGGCCUUGCACUUUGCGCAUUGAUUCAUCGACACCGCCCGGACUUGCUCAACUUUGACGCUCUGCCCAAAAACGAUCCUCAUGCCUGCACUCGUACAGCGUUUCAAGUCGCUGAGGAGCAUCUCGGCAUCCCACAGCUGCUCGAUGUCGAGGAUCUCUGCGAUCGACCCAAACCGGACGAGCGCAGUGUGAUGACCUACGUCGCACAGUACUUCCACGCUUUCAGCUCCAUGGAGCAGGCCGAGGUGGUCAGCCGUCGCGUGGCUACUUUCGCCGACGUCAUGCACGGCGCCUGGGUCAUGCAACAAGAUUACGAGCGGAGGGCCCGUCGGCUCGUCGAGUCAAUGUCCGACCUUCAGAAUGGAUGGGUCGCGGCCACAUUUGCAGGCACCUACGCCGACGCUCGCUCGCAGCUGACGCAGUUCAACGAGUACAAAAUCGGCGUCAAGCGCGAGCUGGUGCGUGAAAGGACGGACCUGGCAGCGCUUCUCGGUAACAUCCAAACAAAGCUCAAGACCUACCAUCUUCCCGAAUGGCUCCCGCAGCAGGGCCUCCGGCAGGCUGAACUUGACGCAGCGUGGGCAACGCUAGCGCUAGCGGAAGCGCACCGAAGUCGCUCCAUUAAUGCCGAGAUCCGCAACGCCAAGGAAAGCCUGAGAGUCAAGUUCGCACAAGCUGCCAACGCGUUUGAGCGCCAGCUGCGCGAAGUAGCCGGCGGUAUCGUCACCCUCGAGGGCGACUUGGAAGCCCAGCUGGAUGUGGUCAAGCAUCUUCUGGCGCAACUCGACCCCAUCAAAGAGCGGCUUACGCUCAUCACGACGCUCGAGCAGCAAUGCACCGACGCCAAGGUGGAAGAGAACGACCACACCAUCUUUACACUUAGCGAUCUUGCUUUCGAGUGGGAGCUCGUCCGGGCGAGCGUCUCGAAGAAGCUGGCCUUCAUCGAGAACCAGAUCGUCUCGCGACAGCAUACCAACCUCACACCUGCCCAGCUCGAAGAGUUUGAGUCCACAUUCCGCUACUUUGACAAGGACGCCUCCAACACGCUCACCGUUCCCGAACUUGGCGCAGCACUUGCCAGUUUGGGCAUCAUCUACACCGAGGACGACAUAGACCAGAUCCACUUGCAGCUGUGCGAGACGUUCGGUGCCGUCUCGUACGAUGCCUUCCUCACCUUCCUUCGCGAGAUCACCGAGGACACCACCUCACCCGAUCAGCUGCUCGAGGCGUUCCAGGGCCUGGCUGGCGACAAGCCCUACGUCACGGAGCUCGAUCUGCGCCUCGCCUUGCUACCGCAAGGAUCAAUCGACUACCUCAAAGCUGCGAUGCCGCAGGUGCGCGUCGACGGUGUCGAAGAUGCUGUCUACGACUACGAGGGCUACUUGACCGGACUGUUCGGCGUUGCACAGCAGUAA